CCACUAACUAGACUAACUAUUUACCUACCUACCAGUCACAUACAUACAUACACACUAUCCAUGCAUGUCAGCCAAUGCUCCGUCCGCUCCGCUCCACUUCUCUUUUUCUUUCCUCUUUUUACCCUCACGCAGUCUAGUACUUACAUUACAAUCAAACCCCGGAUCCCGAGCAAGCAAGCAAGCAAGCAAGCAAUUUGUCCCCAUGCCUAGACUAGCCUCGCCUAUUCAUCCGAGCGCCAUGGCGAAAAGCCCGAGCCAGUGCUGCAGGAAGCUUGAUCCAGUUAGCUAGCUAGUAUGAUUAACUAGCAUGGUGGUAUCUAUGGUACGGAUUCGCUUGGCUUGGCCUUAUGGGGAGAGGGGGUGGUACUCCGUUCGUUGUUUAUAUAUUAGGAGUGUUAUAGUGAGUAU